AAGGGGGGGGGGUGGGGAGCUGCCUGCUCCGGGCCCGCAGAAAAUGGGGGAACUGACGGGCUUUCAUCAAGCGCCAUCACCCGCCCCGCCUGCGCCUCGGAGCCGCUGACCACACCACUAACCCCGGCGUCCUUCACCGGCUCCGCAGCACUCCAAACGGCAAGGACAACCAAAGAAAAAACCAGAUACCUUUCCACCGCAGGAAGAGCUAGCGUUUUUUUGGGAUUUUUUGGCACACGUCCAAGCGCCCAUUAACUGGCCGCGUCGCCAUUUUGCGCAUCGUCGUCGUCGUCCUCCUCCCCGCCUUGGGGGGGGAGGGAGUGCGCAUGCGCCGCCUGUCGAAGCGAGGGAGAGGUCACGAACUCUGACCCGCAGCGGAGCCGAGAAACGGGGGGGAGAAACGUUCGGGGCUUUUUCCGCCCGUUUGAAAAAUAACGUUUCAGUUUAGCUGCUCCAGAGGAGGUGUUGAGAAAAGAUUAAAAAGUGGCUGUUUAUAUAAAGUGCCAAGCUGGAGAAAGAAGAACAGCAAAAGGACGUGCUCAUGAAUAAUCUGAAUGGCAAACAGUAUGGAGGAACUGGCACAGCAGAUUGUUGAAGCUCAAGUGGGUGAGACAUGCUGAGAAACAAGUAAUUGGAAAGAAAAGUAGCAUUUAUACUUGUAUAAAAGCUCGAGAACAUUGUGAGGACAAGUAUAGGUUCAUAUGCAUCAAGUGUCUAUGGCUGGAAGCCCACCAGUCUCCUUGGCUGAACAGGCUCAAGUAAAGCUCAUCACGGUCACUGAUGACUUAGUUCAGCAACUAGCUGAACAUCAGGUCUCUCACUCUCAAGGGACAUUAUCUACUGUAGCUCCAGGAACUGUAAUAGGACGACCAAUAAUGACCAGUACCCCACAGAGGAUUCAGAUUGUUCCCACAGACUCUGGUGUCACAGUAGCACAGCGCAUUCAGAUUGUCACUGAUCAGCAGACAGGCCAAAAGAUUCAGAUAGUCACGUCGAUGGAUCAUGGUGCAAGCAAGCAAUUCAUAUUAACAAAUUCAGAUGGCACAACAUCAAACAAAGUGAUUUUAGCCCGACCUGAUUCAGGACAAGGAAAGGUCAUCCUGGCCACACCUGACUCUGCUGGUCUCAACCAGCUCAUCUUUACGUCUCCUGAUGGAUCAGCACAACAUAUUCAGAUUGUAACUGAUGCAACUUCAGCUGAGCAAAGUGCAGUCAAACCGCCACUGGAGUUUUGUGUAGUUUGUGGCGACAGAGCAUCGGGCCGUCAUUAUGGAGCAGUGAGCUGUGAAGGCUGUAAAGGCUUCUUCAAAAGGAGUAUAAGGAAGAACUUGGUGUAUGUCUGCAGAGGGUCAAAGGACUGUGUGAUUAACAAACACCACAGAAACCGCUGCCAGUACUGUCGGUUGCAGAGAUGCCUGGCACUAGGAAUGAAACAGGAUUCUGUUCAGUGUGAACGGAAACCAAUUGAAGUUUCUCGAGAAAAGUCUGCGAACUGCGCAGCUUCAACUGAAAAGAUUUACAUCAGGAAGGAUUUGCGUAGUCCUUUGGCUGCGACACCAACCUUUGUAACAGACAAGGAAAGUGCAAGAUCUGGAGGCCUUUUAGAGCCAGGAAUGCUGGUAAAUAUACAACAACCACUGAUGAAGACAGAGAGUGCUAUGCUACUCACAGCUGAGAACAAGGCUGAAACCUGUCAAGGUGAUUUAAGCACUCUUGCAAAUGUGGUCACAUCACUUGCAAACCUAAGCAAGUCAAAGGAUCUGUCCCAAAGUAGUGCUGAUUUGUCAGGGAUUGAUGCCCUAAGUAAUGGUGAUGCUUCUUUAUCAGAAAUGCAACAAGAUGACCAGUCUGCCAGUGAUAUUACCAGGGCAUUUGAUACACUUGCAAAAGCACUAAAUCCCGCAGAGGGAUCAGCUGUUCAGAACUCAGCAGAGUGCAUGGAUACCUCGGGCACCAAUAUCCAGCUUAUUAGUGGAGAGCAGUCCCUUCCUAUUGUUGAGAUUGAGGGUCCUCUUCUCAGUGAUGUGCAUGUUGCUUUCAAGUUAACAAUGCCGUCACCAAUGCCAGAGUACCUGAAUGUGCACUACAUCUGCGAGUCUGCUUCAAGAUUACUGUUCCUUUCCAUGCAUUGGGCAAGGUCUAUUCCAGCCUUCCAGGCUCUUGGGCCAGACAAUAAUACAGCUUUGGUACGAGCUUGUUGGAAUGAACUCUUUACACUUGGUCUUGCCCAGUGUUCCCAAGUGAUGAAUUUAUCAACCAUACUCACUGCAAUCGUUAACCAUCUGCAGACAAGUCUCCAGCAAGGUUGGCAGGGAGCUAAUCUUCAAACGGUUGAUUCAUAUAAAUUGUCAGCAGACCGCGUGAAAGUGGUGAUGGAGCAUAUCUGGAAACUGCAGGAGUUCUGUAACAGCAUGGUUAAACUAUCUCUGGAUGGAUACGAGUAUGCCUAUCUGAAGGCAAUUGUCCUCUUUAGUCCAGACCACCCAGGCCUAAUUAAUGCCGCACAGAUUGACAAGUUUCAAGAGAAGGCAUACAUGGAACUGCAGGAUUAUGAAGCAAAAGCCUACCCAGAUGAUUCUUACAGGUUAUCAAGACUGCUUCUUAGAUUGCCUGCACUACGACUCAUGAGUUCUGCCAUCACAGAAGAACUGUUCUUUGCCGGACUAAUAGGAAAUGUGCAGAUUGACAGUAUAAUACCUUACAUAUUGCGAAUGGAAACUGCAGAGUACAACAGUCAAAUCACAGGGUCUGCAGUGUAAUUUAACACCUAUGAACAAUCAUAGCAACCUGUUGGAAGCUUCUUCGCCUUCACUUCAACAAUGAGGGACAAUUGCAGGUUGUUCAUGUACAAAAAAAAAAUCACGGGGUAGUCUUUAAAAGAGAAUGAAAGAAAAACAAUUCAUGGGGACUAGACUGUGAAUAUUUUUCAUUGAUGAAUUGUGCUUGACAGCAGUUGUAAUAAAAGAAAAGUGACCAUGAAUGAGCCCUUCCUUUUUUUAAAUUGUUAGUUUCUGCAGUUUGCAGAAUGCGUGUACAGCUUGGGUUGAAAAUGCCAUGAUCAUAUAUUUGUUUACCCCAAUUUUUUUUAAUUUUUAUAGGACUGUAUUUGACUAAACAGUCAUUUGAGAACAAUGGGCUUGUUUAAUGUCUCGGUAACAUAUUGAUAAGGCACCAAUGUUGCAUGUCUGAGACUGUUCCAGUAUAUAGCAUAACAUUUAGAUGUAGAUCCAGACACCUUUUUGGGCAAGUAUUGGGCAACUAUGUGAAUAGCUGGCAAAUUGUCUUUAUCAAAUGAAUGUGUCAUUGUAUCUGGUAGCUUAAUUUUAUUGAUAUCACAUCUGUAUCCUUUUUGAUGAAUAAGAACAUAAGGAAAAUGAGGAGACAAGACAAAUUAUAUUUUGCAGUGUUACCAUGCAAAGCUAAUGUUAGAUUUAGUCAUCCUGUCCAUUGUAGAGUUACAUAAUUAUAAGUGCAUUGAAGCACACCUGAUCUUCAAUGGACCGUCAACCUGGCCCAAUUAGUAUACAUCCUAAGGAAACAGUCUCACUUCUAUAUUGAAGUCACGCACAGAAGUACUAAUUAAAAGGAAGCAAAUUUAACUCAAAUUGGAUGUUUUUUUUAAAAAAAAAGCAGCUGUAAAAAAAAACCUUACUGUAGCACUUUGAUAGCUGUCGAGAAACCACCAAUGCAAAGUUUUAUUCCCAUUAAAUAUCCCAGUUUCUUUCCCCGCCACCCCUCCCCCCACCCCUGAAUUUUGAUUUUUCAGCCAUUACCCUGUUUAAAGUCUAUUAAUACAUCGUAGAAUCUGGAAUUUAGCAGGCAGAGGGAGAGAAAUGGAUGUUCCUACUUCCACAAAGAAUACCAGUGGCAGAUACCGUAAACAGAAAUUUGAAUAAAUGUUGCUAUUUUCACAUUUAAAAUUGCUGGAAAAUAACCUUUUUUUUCAGUGAAAGGCCCAGAAGUCUUGGCCUGAACACAAUUUUCUUUGUGCUAAUACCUCCUGAGGCAUAAUAAUUGACUUCAAGUUUAUGUUCCAAUAAAAUGAAAAUCGUUGCUAGGUAUUUAGUCUGUACAGUUACAGGUUUAGCCAGUUUUAGUGUUGCGCCAAUGUUUCUGCUGCAUUACAGUGGAAACUUUACCUGCAUCAGAACGUUUAACGGAAUGUCAUUUGCAAAUACAUGUUUUCUGUACGAAUUGUGGUUUACAAUAUUCAACUUUAGAGUUUUAUAAAAUGUCCUGUUAAACACUUGGAACUGAAAGAAAUGCUAGUAUUGAGGAACUAGAGAUUACAUCGCCUGUUAUUUUGUUGGAUUUCUUUCGCUAACCGCUUUCCUUCCUUUGAAGGAAGCCUUUUCCAUUCAGCAGUCGUAAUCUGCUGCUGAUUUCCAUCAAGUUAGAAUCUGCGUUGUAUUUUUUGUUUGAAGGUAGGGUGAGGGUUUUAUUUUUUGGUUUGUGAAGUCAGGUGGGGCGGAAACUGAAACGGUAUCAAAUGAAACUUCUAUUGCUAGCUUUCUCACCAGCUUUUGCAGGAUAACUUAAGUUGACUAUUUUGUAUAAAAAGAAAAUAUAUAAUUUAAAAAUCA